UCUGCUGCUCGUGGGGCAGCUGCUGUUGGUGUUGUUUUGAUGAGGGCACCAGAGACCUUUUAAGACUUAAUUCUCGGGGGGGUUAAAAGGCCAAAACUGUUUAUUUUGAUUCAUACGAAUGCGGAGUGAAGAGUCGCCUGAUUCUGAGUCGGGGAGGAUGGAGGAAAGUUCAGUUCGAAGGAGUUUGGAGACGUUGUGUCAGGAGCUGAACAUGGACGAGCAGACUGCCACUGAAGCUAUGGACAACUUCACUGCCAUGUGGAAUACAUAUACUCUGGAGGGGGAUGUGGUCCACUGGCUGGCCUGUUCACUCUAUGCUGCCUGCAGGAAAGGGUCCACUCCCACAGUGGGGAAAGGGCUGAUGGAGGGAAACUGCGUCUCCCUCACCAGGAUCCUUCGCUCCUCUAAACUCAGUUUGAUCCAGUUCUUUUCCAAGAUGAGGAAGUGGGCCGACAUGUCCAACCUCUCACAGGACUUCAGGCUACGAAUGGAACGGCUGGAACGAAACUUUGAGGUCUCGACUGUGAUCUUCCGCAAGUUUGAGCCUAUCUUCAUGGACAUGUUUCAGAACCCGCAGGGAUGCGAGCCACCACGGCAGCCACGCAGCAGGAAGCACAGGCGGCUGCCCUGUCACAUCAGUGAUGUGUUCAAGUUCUGCUGGACUCUGUUUGUCUACACUAAAGGUAAUUUUCGUAUGAUCGGUGACGACCUGGUGAACUCGUACCACCUGCUGCUCUGCUGUCUGGACCUGGUGUUUGGCAAUGCUCUUCUGUGUGCAAACAGGAAGGACCUCAUCAACCCAGCUUUUAAAGGUCUUCCUCCUCUGUAUCGCGCUGAUGGCCACGUUUCCCCAGACGAGCCUCCUCCAUGUGUGUUGGAGAGGUUGUGUGAGCUGCACGAUGGGUUGGUGGUGGAGGCCAAAGGCAUCAAACAGCACUAUUUCAAGCCAUACAUGCAGAAACUGUUUGAAAAACAGAUCCUGAAAGGUAACGAGGAGCUUCUGACUGAAAUGUUGGAUCCUCAGAACUUCAUUGAUAACAAGAAGGCCAUAAACAGGGAGUAUGAAGAGUAUGUGUUGACUGUGGGAGACUUUGAUGAGCGAGUGUUUCUGGAAGCUGACGCAGACGAGGAAAUUGGAACUCCGAGGAAAAUCAUUCAAGAACGGACUGCCAGCCGAGUGGCUGCUCAGAACCAACUGCAGCAUCAUGUAGAGAAGUCUGGCUCUCUCGCCCCAUCCACUCCUCUGACAGGACGAGUGUACCUGAAGGAGAAAGACCUGCUCGUCACACCUGUUUCUUCGGCAACACAGAGUGUCAGCCGGCUGCAGAGCAUGGUGGCUGGAUUAAGGACGGCUCCCAGUGAGCAGCUGGCGCAGAUGUUUAAGUCCUGCACCAGAGAUCCCACAGAGUCCAUAUUGGCUCGAGUAAAGACUUUGGGGCAAACCUUCAAAGAACACUACACCAAUGACUCUGAGGACACACCCGGCUCUCACAUAGACUUUGCAGAGAACCGUUUGAAACUGGCAGAGAUCCUGUACUACAAGAUCUUGGAGAACGUCCUGGUUCAGGAGACGAAACGGCUGCAGGGCAGAGACAUGAGCAUUUUGCUUGAGCAGGACAUUUUCCACUGCUCGCUGAUGGCGUGUUGUCUGGAGGUGGUGCUGUUUUCCUACAGCUCCCAGAGGACCUUCCCAUGGAUCAUAAACAUCUUUAAACUGCCCCCAUUUUACUUCUUUAAGGUGAUUGAGGUGUUCAUCCGCUCAGAGGAAGGUCUCUCUAGGGACAUGGUGAAGCAUCUGAACUCAACUGAGGAGCAGGUUCUGGAGAGCAGAGCAUGGACUGCAGGCUCUGCCCUGUGGAGCGCCUUGGAGGCUGCUGGGAACAAAGUCCCCACAGUGGAGGAGGUUAACUUUUCCUCCAGUCUUGACACGGGUUCUGGUUCCUCAAAUGGAGGUCAGUCUCAUCUGCCACUGGUGGCCCACUCCCCCAUCAUACACCCUCGCAUCAGGGAGUUCAGGUCAGGCCUGGGAAGUGCACGUAAAGAAGUGCCCCCUUCUCCACUGUCUGUCCAUGACAGGUACAGCUCCCCUGCAGCUGGCAGUGCCAAACGGCGUCUUUUUGGUGACGAUCCUCCGGCCUCAUCUGAAGGCCUGAACCUCAGUGGGAGCCCAGUGUCUUCUCCAGCCAAGAGGCUAACGUUUGGUUCGAGUGGCAGCACUCUGAGGAUCGGAGGCCAUGGAACCCAGGCUACAGUCCUGAGUAUCCCGCUGCAAGGUUUACCUAACGACGGCACUAUCACACUGAUCCCUGUACAACCAUGCGGUGACUCCAGCGUCGUCACAGCUCAGUUCCUGCUGACCGCCUCUCCAAGUCGGCCCACCUCCGUUGCAUCCACUUCUGAUUCCCAGGCGGGGAUUGGACGACCGCGACGCACCGGGUCACUGGCUCUGUUCUUCAGGAAGGUGUAUCACCUGGCCAGUGUACGUCUGAGGGAUUUGUGCUUGAAGUUGGACAUCUCUUCAGAGCUUCGGGGGAAAAUCUGGACAUGUUUUGAGCACUCUCUGGUCCACUGUAUCGACCUGAUGAAGGACCGACACCUCGACCAGCUGCUGCUGUGCAGCGUUUACAUCAUAUCCAAAAUCACCAAAGAGACUCACACCUUUCAGGACAUCAUGAAGUGUUACCGCAGCCAACCUCAAGCCAACAGUCAUGUCUAUCGCAGCGUCUUACUGCGUCGUACGCCCAGAGAACACCCAGCUGAUGAAAACAUGGAGGUGGAUUCUGUGUCGGGGGGAGAGUCUGCAGAGAAAACUAGUCAGCCUCCAGGAGACACAAAUUCUGACCAAUCAGGAGAGGAGGAACGUGGUGACCUCAUCCAGUUCUACAACAGUGUGUAUGUCCUGAAGAUGAAGAGCUUCGCACUGCGAUACGCCACCCAUGAUAAUCGGGCGGACGCUCCUCCUCUCUCUCCGUUCCCGUCAGUACGAGCUCAGCCUCUCUCCCCCCGUCGUGUUUCCCAGAGGCACUCGCUGUACGUUUCCCCUCAUAAGAACUCCGCAGGCUGCCUCACACCAAACUCCUACACUUACAGGAUUAACAGCAGCCCAUCCAAGGAGCUGUCAGACAUCAACCAGAUGAUCCGGCAGGGCAGUGUAAGCAGGAAGAGGGCCUUCACUAUGGAAGGAGAUGUAAUGAUGUCAUCAGCGUGCGACUCACCCAGUAAGAGGGCGUGUCCAGAGAACGGCAGUAGCCCAGACGUGCUGCUGAAGCGUCUGCAGGACGUCGUGUCAGAGCGGCAGAGUCACUGAUGAGCCCACCAAAGGACACAAACUAAACCCUGAAAUACUGAAAGAAAAGUAAUGAAGGUAACUCAUUACUGUUCCUCAGGUUAUUUGUGGGGAAAUAUUUGCUCAGUUGUUUCCCCAAGUGAUGCCGUUUGUCUUUAUGCUGGAGCCCGAUGAUCAUGGAGGCUUUACGGUGUGAUUUUAUCCAACCAGAUUAUAACCUAUAGUGUCACACAUAUCGUCUACUAGAGGUGCCAUGUUUAGCCCCUCUAACUGCCCCAGUUAUGACUUCUGUUGGAUCAGUCAACAUUUGCUUGAUGCAAAGUUUUGUCAUGUAUUGUAGUUGUGCUGUAGUGCAUCACUGGUGUUACAGCAUGUUACAGAAGCGUGAUUUUAGCAGGAGGUUCAGAGACUGUUAAUUCCGGAAGAGUUCUCACUCCGGUGCAUUUUCUCUUGUGCAGCAAAAACAUGAAACAUGUCUGAUAAUAUUCUCCUGCUAAGCAUCAAACCUCUUGCACUGGCAUCUUCUGUUAUGUAUUUAGUUACUAACUGAAGCCAGAUUUAAUAUCGGCUCAGAAAAUAACAGUAUUAAAAAUAAAUUUAGUUAAAGUUGUGGAGAGAAAAAUUCUGAUAUCAAAGUCAGAUAAAUAAGAUUUUAAAGAAUUUAAUUUUGAUUAAGCUAAACUCCAAUCUUGUGUAUAGUUUCCUUUAAUAUUACGUCUUCCAAAGAGGGAAUAUUGUCUGGUUUUAUUGUUUUUACUGUUUGUAUUUGAAAUGUUCUCCGUGUGUUUUUUAAAAGCAUUUUAUGUUUCGUAAUGCUGUUAGUAAGAGUUAAAGCAGCAUUUGUGCACCGUGUAUGUGUAGUAUCUACACUCUGUUUUUACUGAAUUUAACAUUUUACAGAAUUUGUCUUCAUUUCUAUAACGGUACUGCUGACAGAAACUAAUGUUUGUAACUUUAAUAUUUUCAGUUUGUUUCAUACCUUGUAAAGUAGAAUCAGAAACAACUUUUUGUAAAACAGGAAUUUAAAAAGUGGAGAAAAUACAAUAAUGGAUGGGAAACUUUCUAAACAAUUGAGUCGAUUUCAAGGAUGCUUGUAUUUCUACAAGCUGUUAAAUUAUGUAAAAUAAAAAGUACCUUUUGUCGUU